UUUAAUGGAACCAGAUGAAAAAACUUUGUCAAGCCUAUUUUGUUGAAGCCAAGUGGCUUAACGAAGGAUACAUACCCACAAUGGAUGAGUAUAUGAGUAACGCACUAAUAUCUACUUGUUGCCCUGCUCUUAUAAUCUUAUCUUUUGUUAGCAUGGGAGAUAUGGUAACACAAGAGGCCUUCGAAUGGGUCUCCAAGGUGCCUAAGAUUGUCAAAGCAGCAUCAACCAUAACCAGGCUAAUGGAUGACAUUGUCUCCAAUGAGUUUAAGCAAAAUAGAAAGCAUCCUGUCUCAGGCAUUGAAUGCUGCAUGAAGCAACAUGGUAUCUCAAAGGAAGAGGUACAUAACGAAUUUCAAAAGCAAAUCGUGAAUGCAUGGAAGGAUAUAAACGAAGGAUGCCUUAGACAUACUCAAGUGCCAAUGCCUCUCCUCAUACGUGUUCUCAAUUUCUCACAAGCAAUUGAUCUGCUUUGGAAGGAUGAAGAUGCAUUCACACAUUUUGGAGAAGUGUUUAUACAUGGUGUUACUUCAUUGCUUGUUGACCCAAUGCCAAUUUGA